AUGAAGGCCUUCACCGUUCUCCUCAACCUUGCCAUGGCCGCCACCGCCAUCGCCGGUGCCGUUGACACCCGCGCCCUGGAGCCUGGUUUCGCUGAGCGUGCUUGCGGUACCACCGGCGCUCCUUGCACCAGCGGCGAUGACUGCUGCACCUACUGCGACCCCUACUCCGGCUGGACUUGCACCGACUCAACUAGAGCCUGUGUUGAGAAGGGCACUGUCCCUGCUCUCGGCGCCAACGACUGCUGCAGCUACAAGGUUGACUCUGCCGGCAAGUGCACUUAA